CUUUAGUGCAUAACAAGGAAAUCACAUACGAGAUACGGGAAUAAAGUCUUGAAACUUAACCCUCUGAAUCCCCAGCCGCUAGAUUGAAGAGGAGACCGUCAAACUGAAGGUUGCAGUCUCUGUUCUCUGCCGUGCCCGUUCCCUCCGCUCAGUGACAUGCCAUUAGGCCGCAGGUCCACCUCUCACAGACACAUUUGCACCAAGGUGCUGCUGGCUGAGGGUAGAGAGUCACCGUUCACCGAACACUGUCGAGACUUUGAGAAAAGUUACAGGGUUCUGCAGACAGAGGUCCAAAAGCUGAAGGAUGAGGUUCAGGAGAUGCACAGAGACCUCACGAUGCAUCAUUCGCUCAUUAACACAGACACCAUGGAUAGCAUCCUCCAAAGGUCUCUGCUCAUUGACCAACAGAUUGCAUCUCUGUAUUCUACCGUGCAGACCCAGAGGGCUGUAUUUGAGGAGAUGUGGGAUGUGACAUUUCAAAGAGUCACCAGUGAGCAGGAGAUCUACGAAGCACAGCUUCAUGACCUUCUGCAGUUAAGGCAGGAAAACGCAUACUUGACAACCAUCGCACGUCAGAUUGGACCCUACAUCUUAUCAAUAGCAAAAGUUAAAGAGCGCCUGGAACACAGGUUACAAAAGCCACACAGUCCUGAGGAUGAUUGCAUGGACACUAUAAAGAUACAAAAUGUGGUACAGUAUAUUUUAAGCUUUUGCCAUAUGUUCACAUAAAGGUUAUGAAAUGUCAUCUGUUUUUCCACCAGUAGUAAUGAGACGAGGUGCUCAGCAGUCUGGUACAGAUGGAUCUGUUAUUCUGCAGCCUGGAGAGACGUUAAAAAAAGAGCAUUGACUACUGCUGGCAAAGAGAGACGCACAAUAUUUUGGAGACCUCCUGCUGCAAAGAGCUGUCACUAUCUGCAUGUUUAGACAAUUAUGAACAUUGACAGCAAACAUGGCAUGUGCCAGCAUGAACUUGGGGCAAGGAGUAGCUGAAAGCUAAGAAGGACGUGGAUUGUGUUAAAGGGAUAGUGCACCCCUAUGUCAUUCCAAACCUGUAUGACUUUCUUUUUCUGCAUAACACAAAUGAUAUUUUGAAGAAUGUUAUAAACCAAACAACAUUUACUUCCAUUUUAUGGACACAAAACCACUGAGACAUUUCUCAAAAUCUCUUUUGUUUUUCAAAGAAAGACGAGUUAUAUACAGGGUUUGUACAACAUGAUGGUGAAUUUGCACAUGAUGGUGGAUAUUUUUUUUAAGGUGAAUAAUCUCUUUAAAAGCAUUUUAAGUGUGUGACACCAAAUGGACCUUAGCACAGACAGAUCAAGUGGAUCAAAUGGCUGAUAAACUUGGUUAUUUUAGAUAGAAGUGCUAUUGUUUUGAAUUGGAUUAUGAACUGUAA